CUCAUUACUUUAACCCAUGGAAGCUAAUGAUGUGUCUCUUUGUCUCGUUUUUGACGAAACUUAGGGUCUUAAUAGUUAAUACAUCUCUCUCUCUCUCUCUGUUCUGUCUAGAUCUUGCGGUAGAUGAGAAACAUUUUGCUUCUACCGUUCGUGUAAAAAUCACCAUCCCAAGUUUCUGCUUUUUGACUUCCUUUAGCUCUAGAAAUGGCUUCUGCUCUUCGAAGCUUCUCAAGGAGGAGAAAUAUUUCUCCAAAAUGGUUCUGCAAGACCUCCACCACAAGCCCUCUUGUUCUUCAUCAUUAUGUCAAAGAUUAUAAUACUAAGCCCACUUUCUCGGAUUCAAGUCUUCUUUUUGCUCGUAGGCUUCACAGGCAAGUGCUCCUCUUUGAAGACAGAAAGAAAACGUCUUUUGCUCAACAACCAUUAGGUGCUUCUUCUGGAGUACUGCUAUGUAGACACAUCUCCUCUUCAUCCAGCAAAGCAGAAGAAUGGGGCAUAAAGAUUGAUGCCUUUGGAUAUAUUGUUAAGGGACUUGUCCCUGAGAAAUCUGUGGAAGCAAUGGCCGCCACUACUAUAGAUGGAUGUAGUGCUGCAGCAGUUGAAAACUUUUCUUUCCCUGUGAACUGUGUGCAUUAUCUGAUUAAUGGAAUGCAUGACCUUACUGGCUGCAACUGGUCGAUGUCAAUUAUUCUUACGGCUUUUCUGGUCAAUGAACUCAUGUCUCCAGUCUCUAUGCUGAUUCAGAGACAAGCUGCGGAGUUAUUAUUUUGGGGUAUGAGCAUUCAGAAGGUGAUGAGAUUGAUUCAGACAUGUGAUUCUAAAUGUCUGGCUAAACACAAAAAAUGGGAAGCAGAGUGCACAAAAAAAUUUGGAGAAUGUUUCAUGUUUUUCCUGCCAUUAAGCUCACUUGAUCUAUUCAUCACUAUCAGCUUCAUCAAUGGGAUUAAGAUUAAUACCAUGGCUAAGAAAAUCCCAGGGUUUACUGAUCUUUCAACUCCAGACAGUUUUUACAUCUUACCUCUAGUGACAGGCUUAACUUAUUGGCUGACAAGACAGGCCACCACCGUAAGCUGGACAAAUAUUUUAUUCAGAAUGAAGGAACUCCCUUGGGUUUGCCUUUUCUUCCUUGUUUUCCAAGCUGCAUUUAAAUAUGAACCGGUAAUGCUAUGCUCUCGGAGCCUUGAUCUUUACCAUUGUCUUGAAUCCUGUGGUGCGUCUCCGUUUUAUGUUAUUUGUUUUUUGCAGGCAGUCUACAUUUACUUGAUUACAGAUAGUGUUGUGAAUGCAAACAAAGUCCCACAUUGGAAGUUUAGACAAAUAAUGUCUAGUAUAUAAAGGGAUGUCCAACUCUGAUUAGUACGAGGCCUUUUGGGAAGGAGUCCCAGAAACAAAUCCAUGCGGGCUUUGCCUUUGGGCCCAAAGUGGACAAUAUCGUACUAAUCGGACAAUAGAGAGUUGGACAUGGGCUUGAAAAAGCCCAACAAUUGGUAUCAGAGCCGGGAUGACGAAUAUCUGCAAAAAGACCAAAAUAUCCUUUAAGUUCGAAGAGCCUCCACUUCGAUGGAAAGGGCGGGGUGCAUAGCAGAGGCCAGUCAAAGAUCCUGGAAGCUUCGGUUGUGGGAGGAGAAUCCUCAAGGUGACUUCGCGAUUAAGUGGUGCCGGAGACUUAUAUCGAAAGUCUCUCCCUAACGACGAUACAAGAUUAGGUGGAUAUUCCUAACGGUGCUGUAAGGAUUAGGUGGUGAAUGUCCUAAUGGUGCAGUAAAGGUUAGGUGGAUAAAUCCUAGGUGAAGAGGCCCGUUGGUGAUUACGGCGGUACAAGAGGUGUGCCAAGUUUCGCUGGAGGUUGAAAACCAAGGGUUCAUGUGGUACUUGGUUUGAGAGGAGGUUUGUUGUGAAUGCAAACAAAGUCCCACAUUGGAAGUUUAGACAAAUAAUGUCUAGUAUAUAAAGGGAUGUCCAACUCUGAUUAGUACGAGGCCUUUUGGGAAGGAGUCCCAGAAACAAAUCCAUGCGGGCUUUGCCUUUGGGCCCAAAGUGGACAAUAUCGUACUAAUCGGACAAUAGAGAGUUGGACAUUGGCUUGGAAAAGCCCAACAGAUAGAAUAUCUCUAUACAUAUUAUCCAUGUCGUGUAGAAAUAAGCAGGUGGCAAAGUUGAGAAAGGCACUGGCGAUGCCAUAUGAUUCAGUAACAGCCUCUGAGCAGCAAAGGAUCAUGGCGAGAGUGAUAAGUGUUAUGAGGGAGUUCAUUGGCAUAGUGAAAAAGAAAGACAAGAAGUGAAUCUUCUUUUGCUCUCAUGGCCUCUCUGCCUUACUCUUUACAUCAAAGCUACUUGAAUACUCUAUGUAUUCAUGUUACAACUUAUGGUACCUGUUUUUAGUUUCUGAACCUAUCUCUUUUAGUGAAGACUUGACUUUAAAACAGCAUCCUCUCUAGAUUUCCAUGCAUGGUUCUUGUCUAUGCCAACACAAUAUAUA